AUGAGCAGCUACUUCCGUGUCACGCUCAUGCGCUCAGCAAUCGGUCUCCCACGCCGCACCAACGACGUCCUAAAAGCCCUCGGCCUGAAGAAGCGCAUGGCUACCGUCUUCCACCCCGUGUCGCCGUCCGUGGCGGGUCAAAUCAUGAAAGUCAAGGAAUUGGUGCAGGUGCAGGAAGUCGACCGCCGACUCACGAAGCAAGAGGUGCAUCUCGAGCGCAAGCCCGAUCCGGGAUACUAUGUUGAGAAGACCUCGGGGGUGGAGUUUGAGGAGAAUAGAUUGGCUUGA